AUGAAGUACACCACUCUCCUCAUUGUUGCCCUCGUCGCCGCCGUCCAGGCCGCUCCCUUGGUCACCCCUCCCACCAACCAGCGCGUCAUCGCCGAUUCGUACAUUGUCGUCCUCAAGGACAACGCUGCCGCCCCCGGUUUCAAGACCAAGUUCGACGGCAUUGCCAAGAAGUACAACGGUCGCGGACGUGCCCCCGAGAUCCAGCGCGAGUACACCGCCAUCCCCGGUUUCCACGCCACCUUUGAUGCUGCCACCCUCAAGGCCAUCCAGGCCAACCCCGAUGUUGCCUACGUCGAGCAAGAUUCCGUCGUCACCAUCCAGGCCUCCCAGUCCCCCGUCCCCUCCUGGGGAUUGACCCGUGUCUCCCAGAACGUCUUGAACCUCUCCUCCCCUUACUACUACAACGACCUCGCCGGUUCCGGAGUCACUGCCUACGUUGUUGACACCGGUGUCUACACCGCCCAUUCUGAGUUCGGAGGCCGCGCCACCUUCGGUGCCAACUUCAUCUCAGGCUCGGCCAACACUGACGAGAACGGUCACGGUACCCACGUGUCCGGAACCAUCGGAGGCACCAAGUACGGAGUUGCCAAGAAGGUCAAGAUCGUCGGUGUUAAGGUCUUAGACGCUUCCGGCUCUGGCUCCACCUCCGGUGUCGUCGCCGGUAUGGACUGGGUUGCCGCCCGCGCAGUUGCUGGCAAGUCCGUCGUCAACAUGUCUCUCGGAGGUGGCAAGUCCCAGGCUAUCGAUGAUGCCGCUGGUCGUCUCUUCGCCAAGAACAUCCCCUUGAUCGUCGCUGCCGGUAACGAUGGCAGCAACGCCUGCUCUGGCUCCCCCGCUGGUGCCGCCAACACCUACACUGUCGGAGCCACCGACAAGACCGACUACCCCGCCUCGUUCACCUCCUACGGAACCUGUGUCGAGAUCUUCGGACCCGGUGUCGGAAUCACCUCGUCCUGGAUCGGUGGCACCUCUGCCACCAACACCAUCUCCGGAACUUCGAUGGCUACUCCCCACGUCGUUGGUGUUGCUGCCCUUUACAUCGCCAAGGGUGGUUUGACCACCGCCCAGUCUGUCUUUGACAAGCUUACCACCACCUCGACCAAGAACGUCGUCAAGGGAUCCCUCGGUGGCACUGCCAACCGUCUCGUCUACAACGGUGGCGCCGUCUAA